AUGAGUAGAGUCAGGAUAUACUGCUAUAUUGAUGUCACUAGUUUCAGUCCCACAGUCAAAUUUAACAUUCACAUAUGUGAGAGCAUUGCUCAAUAUGGUGAAUGUUCAACAAAUAGUGCUUGUGGUUGUUUCCAUAGGAUAGGUAUCAAUGAUGAGACAGGUGUUUGUGGUUUUCUUUGGCCAACAUGUUCUCGUCUUUUACGGUGCAAUUCUUCAGACAAUUCAUGUCCUCAAUCAAAUACGAUCUGUGUUCCACAUCCUCGAUGGCAUGAUCUUCCUCAAUGUUAUCCAGUGGCAAUGAUAAGUGAGUAG